AUGUGGCCUGUGUCAAUUGUCGCGACUCCAAGUGUUCAGGUCCGAUGUCUACAGAGCCACGUCUCCGGUGAACCGUGUCAGCGCUGCGCCAAACUCGACCUCUCGUGUGUCGUGGACAAGUCACACAAGAGAAUCACCAAGAAGAGCAAACUCGAGAAGUUGGAGCAGGAACUCGAUGCCAUCCGUCAGGUCGUAGCCGUCCCAGUAGCGGCCGGCACCUCAGCGGCAGCAGCGGCAGCAGCAGUGGCAGCCCCCCGCACCAUUGGUGAUAAGCGCGUCUCCGGCGAAGACGUCGACUUCUACUUUGACAAAUACCUGGAACUAUACCAUCCCCUCGUCCCCGUCCUGCGCAACAGGGACCCAGACGCCUGCUACCAGGCCAGCAGCACCCUCUUCUGGAUCGUCGUCUCCGUCGCGUGCCGCCGGUACUCGCGUGACCCGGACCUGUUGGCCAUCUUGGUCGACAACCUGAGCCGGGACAUCUGGGCCGUGCUGCUGCUGCCCAUCACCAAGCUGGAGACGAUACACGCGCUGCUGCUGUUCUGCGCGUGGCCAAUGCCCACCAUCCGCCUGGUCACCGACCCUUCCACCGUCCUGGCCAGCAUCGCGCUCAACGUCUCCAUGAUCGUGGGCCUGCAUACGGGACGUGGGUCGCACCCCGAGUUUUGCGUGGGGAGGAGGGUCAACAUGACGUUUACCGAUGAGGAUGCUGCUGUUACUUGGGUUCAGGCGUGUAUUCUCGCGCAGAGAGCCGCAGCAAACAUUGGUCAACCACCACCGUCGAUACAACUCGGCGACGCCCCGUCCAAAAAGGCACUCUCGUCACCGGAAUGGUCCGACCUCCUGGUCUCGUACGACGUCCAGCGCUACCUCAACCGCUUCCACCUUGCCAUGGCGUCUCACGUCACCAACCACGGCCACGUCCCGGAGAGCAGCGUAUCCGACUGGGAGGACGAGUUUGAGAUGCUCAAGGGCACACUGUCAAGACGGGACCGGGACCCAGACCCCAAGUUCCUAUCCAGAUCCAACUCCGACUCCGACUGCGACCCCGACCCUGAUUCAGACUCUACACGCCUCGUCCUCCUGACUGCCAAGCAGGAGAUCCAGAGCUACUACUUCGCCUACCCGCCCGACAACCCGGGGCCCAACCUGGCCGUCAACACGGCACGCGCCCUCCUGACGGCCAGAUCCAUCAUCUUCACGGCCCUCGCCCUCGAGGCCUCACCGCUACGACUCCUCUCCCACUCUCCCGGCUGGGUAUUUCGCUCCGUCGUCGCGGCAGCAAGCCUACUCUGCAUAUCAGCCCUAGAGGCAUGCUCCAUCUGCGACGCCGACCUGCCCGACCGCAGCGCCAACAUAAUCAGGGGUUUCUGGUCCCAAAGACGGCGCAUACCCGUCAUCGGUCCCGCCGCCAUGUCCUGGCCCAACCGCCUCUCGGCCGGCACCACAUUCUGGUGCCUGGCCCGUCUUCACCGUAACGUGACGGAUCUUCAGGGUAGUGUCGGUCAUGGCCCCACCGCCGAACCAGAUCAUACGUCCCGUAAGCAAUCCCUCGAUACUAACGUAACUGCCAACGCUACUGCGGCCGCGACCACCAUACCCCAGAAUUUCGAUGCCUUUGGUGGUGUGGACUGGUCCAUGUUUAUGGAUGAGUUUAACUGGGAUGAUUCCGAGACUUUAUUCACGGGAAUGUCUUGA